AUGCGUACCAGGUCGUCCAGGCCCCCUCCUCUCAAGCUUCAUCUCGACACCAAGAUGCCUGCCCACUCCCCAAUUGCCUCCCAUUUUCGGAUCAGGCUUACUACUCAAGUCCGGAGAAUAUUACCAGCAUACAUCGUCCUCAUCUUGUUGUUCUUCUUCUUCGCCAACUCAGACUACUUCACUGCCCCCAUUCGAGCUGCGCACAAGUACAAGCGAGAGCUAAAAUACCAAAAGCCUCUACAGCAGUCAAGCCCCCUCAUUCCCAGAAAGAUUUGGCAGACAUGGAAGACGAGCCCGCUCGCAUUCGAGCAGCGCGAUUCGGAUGCAGCGAAGACUUGGCCAGCGAAGAAUCCAAGUUAUAGGUACGAAGUGUUGACAGACGAAAAUGCUUUCCAAUACGUCGAGUGGCACUACGGCGUCCAUGGAUUUAACCGACCGGAUAUCAUCGAUCUCUACAGAACUUUAAACAUAACGAUCAUCAAGGCCGAUCUCCUCCGCUAUCUCAUCAUGUACGCCGAAGGUGGUGUGUAUGCCGACAUUGAUGUGGAGUGUCUCCGCCCUGUCAAUAGAUUCAUACCUGAACGGUACAAUGAGCAUGAGGUCGAUAUGAUCAUUGGCGUAGAAGUUGACGAGCCAGCAUUCGCGAACCAUCCAAUCCUAGGGUCUAAGUGCCAGUCAUUCUGCCAAUGGACGUUCGCGGCGAAACCACAGCUUCCGGUUAUGAUGAGACUUAUUGACAACAUUCAGGACUGGCUUCAUAAUCUCUCAAGACAGAAGGGCGUCCCCAUAUCACAACUUGAGCCUGAUUUUAAUGAGGUCAUCAGCGGAACAGGUCCUUCCGCCUUUACGCAGGCGGUUCUUGAACAGAUGACGGCGCAAAACCAUAGAAAACCGGUGACCUGGGACCUGUUCCAUAACCUGGCAGAGUCAAAGCUCCUUAACGGCAUCCUGGUUCUUAAUGUGGAAGCCUUUGCUGCAGGACAGGGGCAUUCAGAUUCGGGUAACCAUGAUUCGCGGGCUGCCCUCGUCAAGCACCACUAUCAUGCCUCGGGGUGGCCAACUCUCCAUCCACGGCAGAACCAUCCUAUGUACGGUGAGGUGGAAAAGUGUAAUUGGAAACCAGAUUGUGUCGCUGAGUGGGACAAGAACGUAGCCGAAUGGGAAACGCUCCCGAAGGAUGAGCAGGACAAGCGUCUUGCUAGUAAGCCACCCAUUGCAUCUUAGAUUCAGGGAGCCUGUGAAUAUUUAUUCCUCCACCGAGUCUUGAAUACUAGUCUUGAAAAGCAAGGAUGAUCGCCAAAUCAGCCGACGUCCGGUUCGUGGCAUCACCGAAAUGAGAAGGCGUGGCCCGAAGAGUAGGACUAUGCAAGCCAUUUUGGUUCUUCAGUGAGAAGGUAUAGGUUCGUUGCUUGAAGACAUGGGACAUGGAAAGGGGUCUUUCA